UGGCAUGAGCAAGCUAGGCAGUUAGCAGCAGGUGGGAGGGCAAUUUCUUGCACAGCCGCCGGACUUCAUCGAGGACUGGUAGGAGGAGUUGUAAGAGGGAAUAAAAGUGAUGGAGGAACUAAGGAAGCUAGAGCAAGUGCAGAGUACCAUACAUUUGAUGCAAUCUCGAGGAGUUAUUCUCUCUUCCUCAGAUGCCAACAACUCCGACGCAGAUCGCUUCCUCGCUGAAUUCUUUCGCCUUUUGAUCCAACCAUGUGGAAAGCUUGAUAUAGACAAGAAGAUCCAUUUAGUACAAGAGAACUUGCCAAAGAUUUCUGCUGAACUAUCUAAGGAACCAUUGCUCUGCACAAGUGGACAAGAUGCUUUUAUAUCUUCAUUCAUUACCGCUAAUUGUGAAGACGUGCCUAUGGUUGGGUUAACUGCGAUGCAAGAUGCAAAUUCUACUCUGGAAGAUUUUUGCAGGUCCUAUUUUAUGUUUCAUGACAUGGACAUAAGUCAUCCACAAUCAGUUUUCAAAUACUUGUCAGUGCUCUUCUUCACAGAAAGCUAUAUAUAUCAGUUGGACAGAUUGAAUGAGGAAAUUUUGUUACAACGAAAUGUAGCCGAAACUUCACGGACAGAAGUUAAUGUGGUAAAAUCCAUAUACAGCCUCAAUAUUUUCUUGGAAGUGAUUAACAAAUCCUUACUUCUUGCACCAUAUUCAUUGUCUAAUUAUAAUAGGACGUUGCCAAACCAUGCAGCUGUUAAAAGAUCCAUUGGCACCUCUCAUUCGCUUACUCAAGAAGACUGGCCAUUUGACAACAAGAAACCUUUGUUGUGGAUUACAAGCAACAAAAAGCAGUUAUCAAUUGAAGAUGUGAUGAAGGCUAUUAAUCUGAAAUCAUUUGACUAUCGAGUGUUAAACCUUCUUCUAUACCAUUUGAGAGGAGAAAAGGUGAAUGAAUUGCACAUGGAGUUUCUUUCAGUCUCAGAAUUUCUUGUAGAGCUCUCUGAUGAUUUAUUUGACUAUGAGGAGGAUGUCCUGAAUAACACUUUCAAUAUUUUGCGCAUGUUUGUUGGAGUGUACGGAGCUUCUACUGCACCAAAGAUGCUGUUGAAAUGCAUUACAGAGGCUGAAGAGAAGUACAAUCACCUGUUGAGUGCAGUGGAUCCCAGAUUAUCCAUUAGUUAUGAAGAGAGAUGCAAGGAAGCUACAAAAGAAGGUAAAAAGUAAAAAACAAAUUCAUUU